GAAAAAGCAUUUGUCUACUGAACACAAUCAAUGCUCUACUUUUUAGGAAUUGUGUUGCUGACGUUCACGUCCACCUUCAUGGUGGCUGACACCGUGGCACAUAUCUGGCAAGCUCUUAACAAGAACCGCGUGGCCCUCCUCUCGUACGGGGUGUGGAUGGCAGCUUUCACGCUUUCGGUGGUGGAUGUAGAUUGGCUGACCACUCUUGGGUUCGCACAUGCGCUUUUUUUUAUCGGAUGCUGGAUGUUUGCUCGACCGAGCGAUACCCAGCUUUUGCCACAGUUAGACGAUUACGUGCGGAUUCCUUUCUCUGUGUACGUACCAGCGUAUUUUGCUCUGUACUUCUUACAAAGCUGGUUGUGGUAG